UACCAAACCAAUGAAGCCGCAGCGCAUGAAUGGACGGGAGGGGAAAAGAGCUUUUCCUAGUUGCGAAGCCCAUUUAAGGCCCCUGGAUCAUCAAGCCCGCAAUCCGAUCGGAGCAAAUGGGGACAAGGGGUCACGAGCCGGGAAUCCGACCUCAGUCAGCGCAGCGCUCGCAACACCCUUCAUAGUUCAAUCUCGUUAACCUAUUGAGUGCUGUUUGUGUCUGUCUGAUGCAAGGCUAGACAGUUUCACACAAGCGAGAAAAAUUGUCCUUUGGCCCAAGUCAGGACACCUUCAAUCUAUAUCCACCAGCUAAAUUAUCGGAUAUCAAGCCCAGCUGACACCAUGGCCUCCUUCCCUCCUCCUCCUGUCAACACGAUUGACUGGUCAAAUGUUGGAUUCCGCGUCCGCGAGGUCAACGGCCACAUCGAAUCCCAUUACUCGGUUAGGACGGGAAAAUGGUCCCCUCUUCAGUUCGUCGCCGACCCCUACAUGCGCAUCCACGGCAUGGCCCCGGCCCUCAACUACGGCCAGCAGGCCUACGAGGGCCUCAAAGCCUUCCGCAUGCCGGGCGACUCGGCCAUCGCCAUAUUCCGCCCGGACCGCAACGCUGCUCGCAUGCAGCACUCUGCCGAAUUCGUUUCGAUCCCCCCCGUCCCGACUGACCUCUUCCUUGACGCCGUCAAGGCAGCCGUGGCUCUUAACGCGGAGUUCGUCCCGCCCCACGAGACCGGCGCCGCCAUGUACGUGCGCCCGCAAAUUUACGGCUCUUCCGCCCAGCUCGGACUGAACCCGCCCGAGGAGUACACCUUCUGCGUCUUCGUCCUGCCCACGGGCGUCUACCACGGCACCCACCCCGUCAAGGCGCUGAUCCUGGACGACUUUGACCGGGCCGCGCCCAACGGGACGGGCAGUGCCAAGGUCGGCGGCAACUAUGCGCCCGUGCUGAGGUGGAGCGAGAAGGCGAGGAACGAGGGGUACGGCAUCACGCUGCAUCUGGACAGCAAGCGCCACGAGGAGGUGGACGAGUUCAGUACGAGCGGCUUCAUCGGCGCGCUGGUGGAGGGGGAGGCCGUCACGCUGGUCGUGCCGGAUAGCAAGGCUGUCAUUGACAGCGUGACGAGCGACAGCGUGCAGCAGAUUGCGAGGAGCUUUGGGUGGAAGGUUGAGAGGCGAUCGAUCAAGUACUCCGAACUCCCCAACUUCCAGGAAGUCAUGGCUGCGGGUACUGCUGCCUCACUCGUCCCGAUCCGGUCCAUCACCCGGCGUGCCAAUUCCGAGCUGCCGCAGCACCCUCGCGUCUCGUCCAAGGAUGGCGAAGAGACUGUCACCUACGUUUCCGAGGGCAACGACGAGCCCGGUCAGCUCUGCGUUAAGCUACUCUCGCAACUAAAGGGCAUCCAGCUCGGCGAGCUGAAGGAUGAGUUCGGCUGGCGCUUCGAGGUGACCGAGGAGGAUGCCAAGCGUGUUGUUGACCGGGCCGAAGUCAAUAACGGUAACGGGCAAACGGUGGAUCAGCUGGACUAAAGAAGCUGGUGAGCAAGCCCAGAUCUGGGAACGCUGAGGGCGUCCAAACCGUCAGUAUUGUCCUAUGUUGCGCGCAUUAUGCUUUGUAUGCCUGCAUGGAUCUGAAACUGUGGACUGCAGUGGAGGUAGGGAGUGGGCGCUGCUGAGUGUUUGUAGCAUUGAACGCUGGAG